CGAGGGAUUCCGGAUUUAGUUUUAAGGCCUCUUUCUCACACGCACGCUUAGAAUAAGAACCUUUAAGAUUCACGCAGUAUCUUUCCAUUGUCAUAUUUAGUUUAACACAUUGAACGUAAAAAGUUUGCACAAGCGCUAUUCCAGAUGGACACAACAAAGCCUCCGCCACCAAUUGACGAUUCCUUUCCCCAUCCCGCACUGUUGGAGCAGCUUCGAGUGAACGAUUUGCAAAGAGUGCAACAAUUUUUAUCUGCCUUAACUAACGGAAAUGAACCAAAAGCCGAUAGUAAAGUCCGUUCUGCAACCAUUCCCCUUAUCAUUUCAACAUAUCGCGCGGAACUUGGUACAGCGCUUCAUGUUUUGGAAAACUUAAAGCAUUCAGCGCUGGUUCUGGAUGAUCUGUUGCUGAAGGAAGACGAAUCCGAGCGGAGGUGGGGAGAAGAGCUAGACCGUGCGGACCAACUGAAGGACGUUCUGUUGAAUGUUCUGGAACCGCUGGAAAACGUCCAGAGCAAGCAACACUUAAUGCACAAGCUUACCACACGUCAUAAAAAGCGUGCAUGGCAAAAGCGGCGUACUAAACGUCUGCAGGAUGAUCGCAAAGCCGAACAAACAGCUCGAACGGAACGUUUAGCAGAUGUAGCUACUUGGGAAGCGGAAUGGAAGGAUCGUCUACUUCAGGAACGAGUUGCGCGAGAAGAACUACAAGUGAAAACGCUCAUUCUAACCGACGUACGCCGCAGAAAGGCUCGAGCCAAACGGGUGUUAAAUCGUUUUGAGAAAGCCGUUCAACUGCAACGGCAAAGACAAAACGCCUCAAAUAUGCACUCACAGCCCGAGCAACGAUUCGUAACCAAAAUUGACGGUCUUGUAACAGAAUGGAAAGGCAAACUGGGAGAAUGUGUUAGGGAAGAGAAACGGUUGAAAGCGGAGUUAAACCGUCAGUCCACUGGAAAUGUUAGUCGCCGUCGAGAGAAUCGUUGGCGUAAGGUGUUGUUCGGAAGUGCUGCAUUGGGUCGAACGUCUGGCAGUCGGUCUGAAGAAGAUUGGUGGCAGGAGCUUAUAAAAAUGCGCCGUGCAUGGGAUAAAUUUUCCUUACCAUUAAAUCCGGAACAGAUCCAAAACCAGAUGGAAAUGCCCGUUGCAAGUAGUGUAGCCCAUGCCACGUGGAUUGUGCCACCGGAUCAACCGCUCCCGGUAUGGGAUAUGUAUCAGGAGAAGAAAACAGCGAAACGAUGAAACAACUGUUUUGAGUGCAAAUAAUAAUGUUAAAUUUAUUAAUUUACUAACGAUGAAUAAUAAAGAAGUAUUGCAAACUUGUUGACAAAAUCAACGAAACUUAUGGCAAUAUUUUGAUCCAAUUUGUGCAAUUGAAAACAUAAUUGACGAGCAAUGUUGGUGACAAUAUUGUGUAAUGAAUCUUUAUUUCUUUAUGGUACAGUUCUUACAGCUUAUGUUGUAUAACGUUCAAAUUAAUCAUUAAUAUAUGUACAUACACGAUCUUAGCCGUACGCGCACGCGGAUCGCUCAUC